AUGGAAGCAAAGGUUGUCUCCAGGGCGAUCACGAAAGGCGGAGUCUUCUUUGCCGAGAUUACGGCCCUCCUCGAUGUUGGGGAGUUGGGUACCGUGGUGGGGCCUGCCCGACGCAACCGCCAGGAGGCUUUGAAGGAUUGUCUGGAGCUGCGGAAAGUGGCCGCCAAGUGCACCGACGAUCCCAAACUCCUGCAGGUGAAGACGCGCAAGGAAGAGCUGGAAGACAUAACCUGGACUGUCAAAGACUUGGGUGGACGUCUUCUCGAUGGGGCCGAGGGGCCUCCCCCGGGCUACAAGACGCCGAGCUGGAUGCCAUCCGCUGUCCAAGGACCUCCCUUGGGCUACGUCUCGCCGGGAAAGUACCGUGAGCCGGUGAAGCCCGCCAAGGAGGAGAACUCUGUCUAUGGCUUCAAGACCAAGAAGCUUGUCGUCGAGUUCCCAGACGCAGACAUCCGGGAGCUUGCUCCCAGUGGCGACUGGGAGGGCAAGGCCAAAGUGGCUUUGCAGCAGGCGCAAGGGCUUUGGGGCUUCGGGGAUUCUUUCGGAGUUGAAGAUCACUCAAAAGGCCCCCUGAAGCACCGCGAGCUCCGGGGAGUGGAAACUUAA